GAACGCCGGGUAUAUCAACCCCGCAGGAGUUACAACGCAUUGCACGUUGCUAGUUAGUUGCUAUGUUGUAGCUAUUAGCACGAUCGCCAUUCCUUUGCUGGGUGGGAGGCCCGCUGUUCAAGUUGGGAUCAAAUACGAAUUUCCACUUAUUUGUACACCUAAAACAGCAACCAACUGCUAUACAACGGAUAUCGCCGAGUAAACCUGGAGCGUGUUUCCCCAUUAGGUUCACCAGCUAGCUAGCUAGCAGCUAAAGUGCUACCCGGUUCUUGCCCCUCGCAGUGCGAACCGUCACCUGCCCGGCUGGAGGACCAUGGCCAUGAGACAGACUCCGCUCACCUGCUCUGGUCACACUCGACCUGUGGUGGAUUUGGCCUUCAGUGGAAUCACUCCUUAUGGCUACUUUCUCAUUAGCGCCUGCAAAGAUGGCAAGCCCAUGUUGCGCCAGGGGGACACAGGAGACUGGAUUGGAACGUUUCUGGGUCACAAAGGUGCUGUCUGGGGAGCCACUCUGAACACUGACGCCACCAAGGCAGCCACUGCUGCGGCAGACUUCUCGGCAAAAGUGUGGGAUGCAGUGAGUGGUGACGAAGUCCUCACAUUGGCACACAAACAUAUUGUCAAGACUGUCACCUUUACUCAGGACAGCAACUGUUUGUUGACUGGAGGAAAUGAUAAGCUCCUGCGCAUCUACGAUCUCAGUAGCCCGGAUGCAGCACCACAGGAGAUUGCCGGUCAUACCUCACCCAUCAAGAAGGCCCUGUGGUGUAAUGACGACAAACUGAUUCUGUCUGCAGCAGACGAUAAAACCAUACGAUUGUGGGACAGGACCUCCGUGGCGGUAGUGAAGACCCUGACAUUUGAGACGUCCGUGAGCAGCAUGGAGUAUGUGGCUGACGGCGAAAUUCUUGUGAUCACAUACGGAAAGACGAUCGCUUUCUACAACGCUCUUAGCCUGGACCUGAUCAAGUCUGUGGAUGCCCCAGCUACCAUCAACUCGGCAUCCCUCCACCCAGAAAAGGACUUCUUCGUUGCUGGUGGAGAGGACUUCAAGCUUUAUAAAUUUGACUACAGCACCAAGGAAGAGCUCGAAUCCUAUAAAGGUCAUUUUGGCCCUGUGCACUGUGUCCGCUUCAGCCCGGAUGGCGAGCUGUACGCUAGUGGCUCUGAGGAUGGCACACUGCGUCUGUGGCAGACAGCAGUGGGGAAAACCUAUGGCCUCUGGAAAUGUGUUCUUCCUGAGGACCUUGCAGCAGAGAACUCGGAGCAGAUAUAUACUUCGCCUCCUGAAAUAAAAGCCUGAAUAAGAGCAGCGUGGUGCUGAUUGGGAAAAUGAGACACAAGGAAGGUCAGCCGACACGGUGGUCCAGGUUUUGUGCUAUCAGGCCCCAGCAAGGAGCAGAGUCCAGAGCAUCUCCAUCUAUCAGGAACUGAUGUGGAUGAUAUGGCUGACUUGUCUGUCAUAAAACACAAACACAAACACACACACACACACACAUGCACACACAUACAGGUUUAUGCAGCCAUGUAGACAAUAAGGGCUACAGAGAAAAGCAGUAGAGCUAUGGGUGUGUGGCGCUAAUUCAUAGCUGCCUGCUUUCUCUCUGAUCAGCCUGGUUCAGUAUGUCUGCUUAAACAUUUACACGUGAACAUUGCUAAGUUCAGUUUUGGUUGUGUUUAAUGAGCUGGAUCCAGGCUUUUGUUUUCAGUUCAGUCACAAUACUGAAGCCUAUUGUGCUAAGUUGAAGAGCUUUCGUUUAAUCGCUGCUGUUGUACUCGUUAAGAAAAAAACAAGUUAAUUUUACAUGUCAGAUAAUGUUUUGUGACAAAGUGGAAAGGGAAGAAGUGUCACCUUUAUCAUUUUUGGGUUGUUAAUCAUCAUUAUCCAGUGGUUAAAUAAAGAAAUGUCUUGCUUA